AUGGACCCAACCAAGUAUACACCACGCGAUACUUUUGACGUGAACGUGCUUACCACGAACGCUGGGCAGCCGGUGACGAACAACCAGUCUUCACGCACUGUGGGGCCGCGUGGACCGGUGCUGCUUGAGGACUACCACCUCUUGGAGAAGCUGGCUAACUUUGACCGUGAACGGCAACCGGAGCGUGUUGUACACGCGCGCGGUGUGACUGCCAAGGGUUACUUUGAGGUGACACACGAUAUCACAGACUUAACCUGCGCGGACAUGUUCGCGGAGGUUGGUCGCCGUACGCCGGUGGCUGUCCGGUUUUCGACGGUCAUUCACUCGCGUCAUUCACCGGAAACCUUGCGUGAUCCGCGCGGUUUUGCUGUCAAGUUCUACACUCGUGAAGGAAUCUGGGACCUCGUCGGAAAUAAUCUGCCGGUCUUCUUUAUCAGGGAUGCGAUCAAGUUCCCGGACUUAAUUCACGCGUUCAAACCAAACCCGCGGACAGAGGCGCAGGAAUCCUGGAGGAUUCUCGACUUUUUAAGCAACCAACACGAAAGCCUGAAUAUGCUCACGUUCCUUUUCGACGACGAGGGUAUCCCGAAGGACUAUCGGCAUAUGCGCGGCAGCGGAGUGCACUCGUUCCGCCUUGUAACCAGGGACGGACGCUCGACGUACGUGCGCUUCCACUGGCGCCCCAAGUGCGGUAUGGAAAACUUGUUGGACGAAGAGGCUGCCGUUGUGUGUGGUCAGGAUUUUUCUCACGCAACGCAUGACUUGAUCCGGGCAAUUGACCGAGGCGACUAUCCCGAAUGGGCGCUCUAUAUCCAAACCAUGGACCCGGCAAUGGUUGAGAACCACGUGUUCCCGUGGGGCGAUCCACUCGACGCGACGAGAGAGUGGCCUGAGAAGGACUUUCCGCUUCGCCCUGUGGGUCGCAUGGUGCUGAAUCAGAACUGCGAUAACCAGUUCUUGGAGAAUGAGCAAAUUGCCUUCUCGCCGGCACUCGUUGUCCCAGGUAUCUACUAUUCAGACGAUAAGCUGUUGCAGGGUCGCCUUUUCAGUUACGCCGACACGCAGCGAUACCGUAUUGGUGCCAAUUAUCUGCAGCUGCCGAUCAACGCACCAAAGAAUCCGUUCCAUAAUAACCAUUAUGAUGGCCAGCAGAACUGGAUGCUGCGUCAGGGCGAAGUGAACUACUACCCCAGCCGCGUAGACCCGGUGCCGGAGGCGCCCCCGGCCGCAUUCCCAACGCCUCGCGAUGAACUACGUGGUCAGCGGGUGAAGCAGCUGGUUCCAAAUCAGUGCGACUUUGUGCAGCCUGGAGAACGUUACCGCUCUUUCGAUCCGGCGCGCAAGGAGCGGUUCGUGAACCGGAUCGCGAAACUGCUAACAGAUGAGCGCGUGACCCCAGAGCUGCGAGCCAUCUGGCUGGAGCUCUGGAGCAAAUGCGAUGCUGAACUGGGCGCAGCGCUGGCGACCAGAGUGAAGCAGUGUACAAUGUGA